CUCAUUUUAUUAUUUGAAGCAAGUAAAUGACUUCGGGUCGUCGGUGUGAGAAUGAUCAUAUUUCGUUAUUAUCUAAUCUUUUGAUUUGAAUAAAUGAGUUUUUCAAAUGUUUAAAUUUAUGAUAUGGGGAUGCUUUGGUAAUGAAUUCUUUGUACGAUUUCCUCUACUUCCAAGAGCCUUAUAGUGAAUGUGCUCGUUAUCCUGAUUAUAAUUACGCAAUGGGUCCGAGUCCAGUAGAGCAAAAUCCAUGGGAGCGGUAUGACUCUGAUAAUGAUGAUGGCAAUCGGGAUAGUGAUGAUGGCUGGCGUGUUGGCUACGAAGUUGAAAUGCGUGGCAUUGGUGUUGAAGAAUAUGCAUAUGGUGGAGACGAUAUAAGUGAAACAAAAUCGAAUUCAUGCGAUGAGAGUGAUGGAGAUCUCUAUGCUGGUUAUCGGAUUCUUCCUACUUUGGAUGACUCAUUCGAGGUCGCAAGUACUGACCAUGAGCGCACCAGUGCAGUAGUUCAAAAAGAUGUGGAGGAAGUUGUGAGUUCAGAAAAUGCAAAUUUCGGUCUUGAAUUUGAUGUGGCAAAGUCGAUUGAACUAACUGAAGAUAAAAUAGAACAUAUUAAGAAAGCGAUGUCAACAUUCACUCUUCCUGCUCCGUCAUGGGCAAAGGGAAUUGACAGUGAUAAUGAAUUGAAGAAAUUACUACAAAAACUGAAGUCGAAAUGAAGAUAUCGCACUCUCAAAUUAUCUUUUUUUUCUUUUUUUGAUUUAAUAUUAGUUGUUAGUAGAUUUCUGUUACGUAGGCCAUCUCUAAAAUUUGCUUUCUUAAAUCUUGAUUUUCUUCAUUCAGUAGUUACAGCCAUCUUUUGUUUAAAUGUUUGUCUAUCAUUUCGCUUUCCUUAUUUUCCAUCUGAGAAUUAUGUAUGAUGCUUGUAUAAUAGUGAAACCUACUUGGGCUUACAAAAUAGCGAAACCUACUUGCAUGAUUUAAAUACGCUUUCAUGAUUAGGUGUUUAACUUGAAUUUGCUUGCUUCACAAAAGAUUAAAAAAGGUAACUUUGUGUAUUUGAGAAUUUGUUCCAUGGUUUUUAAUGGGUUUUAGUGAAUAAAAAACUUCUUGCAA